AUGGCAGACAGGCGCCCUGCGCCCAUCACCACCAUCACCAAGGUCGCCUAUUUCGACACCAAGCGGGCUGCCACCGACAUCCCGUACGCGCGGUCAUUCAGUUCCUCCCCCUCCUUUGUCGUUUAUUCGGAAAAAUUCAUUCAAGACGUUAUCGGCGACAAUCCGCUACUAUCUCUCGUCUCGUCCCGCAAGGAUACAAAGGACCAAUUCGCUCACGAAGCCGGCGUAUACAUCCGCAGCACAAACAGCAUCUACUUCACCUCAAACUACCAGACCAGCGACCCCAGAAUCGACCUCUACGCCAUAACCGCCGAUACCUGGCAAAUUGAGAAACUCACCUCUAAACCAGGCUUUGACAUCGUAAGCCAGCCCAAUGGCGCCUGCAAUUACCAGGACAAAGUCCUCUACUGCGCGCAGGGCGAUAUUCAUAGGGGAAAGAAUGGGGGUGGCAGCAGCCAACCAUCCGCCCUCACCCUCGUCGACCCCGUCUCCGGCACCGCAGAGACGCUCCUGAACAACUUCUACGGCCGCGAGUUCUCCUCGCUAAACGACGUGGUCGUCCACCACGGCACGGGCGACAUCUGGUUCACGGACCCGACAUACGGGUAUGAGCAGGCAUUCCGCCCGCCACCCGUACUGCCCAAACAGGUCUACCGCUUCCGUCCCUCAACGGGCCAAUGCUGGGCCGUCGCGGAUGGGUUCGAUAUGUGUAAUGGCCUCUGUUUCAGCCCAGACUACACCCUCAUGUAUAUUACGGAUACAGGCUCGAUACAGAGUCAUGGAGAUAUACGGGAUGGACAUAAUUUCUCAGUCCGGGGGACAUUGCCGGCUUCCAUUUACGUUUAUGAUGUGGUUGAGGCGGGGACGCGAUUGGCGAAUCGGCGGCUGUUUGCCUUUUGUGAUAAUGGGGUGCCGGAUGGGAUUAAGUGUGAUGAAAAGGGGUAUGUAUAUUCCGGGUGUGGCGAUGGUGUGCAUGUGUGGGACACUGAGGGGAGUUUGGUGGGGAAGAUCGUUGUUGGGGCAACUACGGCGAAUUUUUGCUUUGAUGAGGAAGGGAUCUGGAUGUUUGCAGAGGAGGAGCUGUGGUUUUGUAAGCUGAAAGCUCGAGGGGCGUUGCUGGGGGUAAAUUGGAAUGGGUGA